AUGUGCUGCAGAGAGGCGCUGGAGGAUACAGCUGCAGAGAGGCACUGGAGGAUACAGCUGCAGAGAGGCGCUGGAGGAUACAGCUGCAGAGAGGCGCUGGAGGAUACAGCUGCAGAGAGGCACUGGAGGAUACAGCUGCAGAGAGGCGCUGGAGGAUACAGCUGCAGAGAGGCGCUGGAGGAUACAGCUGCAGAGAGGCGCUGGAGGAUACAGCUGCAGAGAGGCACUGGAGGAUACAGCUGCAGAGAGGCGCUGGAGGAUACAGCUGCAGAGAGGCACUGGAGGAUACAGCUGCAGAGAGGCACUGGAGGAUACAGCUGCAGAGAGGCGCUGGAGGAUACAGCUGCAGAGAGGCACUGGAGGAUACAGCUGCAGAGAGGCGCUGGAGGAUACAGCUGCAGAGAGGCGCUGGAGGAUACAGCUGCAGAGAGGCACUGGAGGAUACAGCUGCAGAGAGGCGCUGGAGGAUACAGCUGCAGAGAGGCGCUGGAGGAUACAGCUGCAGAGAGGCACUGGAGGAUACAGCUGCAGAGAGGCACUGGAGGAUACAGCUGCAGAGAGGCGCUGGAGGAUACAGCUGCAGAGAGGCACUGGAUGAUACAGCUGCAGAGAGGCACUGGAGGAUACAGCUGCAGAGAGGCACUAGAGGAUACAGCUGCAGAGAGGCACUGGAGGAUACAGCUGCAGAGAGGCACUGGAGGAUACAGCUGCAGAGAGGCACUGGAGGAUACAGCUGCAGAGAGGCACUGGAGGAUACAGCUGCAGAGAGGCACUGGAGGAUACAGCUGCAGAGAGGCGCUGGAGGAUACAGCUGCAGAGAGGCACUGGAGGAUACAGCUGCAGAGAGGCGCUGGAGGAUACAGCUGCAGAGAGGCACUGGAGGAUACAGCUGCAGAGAGGCACUGGAGGAUACAGCUGCAGAGAGGCGCUGGAGGAUACAGCUGCAGAGAGGCACUGGAGGAUACAGCUGCAGAGAGGCGCUGGAGGAUACAGCUGCAGAGAGGCGCUGGAGGAUACAGCUGCAGAGAGGCACUGGAGGAUACAGCUGCAGAGAGGCGCUGGAGGAUACAGCUGCAGAGAGGCGCUGGAGGAUACAGCUGCAGAGAGGCGCUGGAGGAUACAGCUGCAGAGAGGCACUGGAGGAUACAGCUGCAGAGAGGCGCUGGAGGAUACAGCUGCAGAGAGGCACUGGAGGAUACAGCUGCAGAGAGGCACUGGAGGAUACAGCUGCAGAGAGGCGCUGGAGGAUACAGCUGCAGAGAGGCACUGGAGGAUACAGCUGCAGAGAGGCGCUGGAGGAUACAGCUGCAGAGAGGCGCUGGAGGAUACAGCUGCAGAGAGGCACUGGAGGAUACAGCUGCAGAGAGGCGCUGGAGGAUACAGCUGCAGAGAGGCGCUGGAGGAUACAGCUGCAGAGAGGCACUGGAGGAUACAGCUGCAGAGAGGCACUGGAGGAUACAGCUGCAGAGAGGCGCUGGAGGAUACAGCUGCAGAGAGGCACUGGAUGAUACAGCUGCAGAGAGGCACUGGAGGAUACAGCUGCAGAGAGGCACUAGAGGAUACAGCUGCAGAGAGGCACUGGAGGAUACAGCUGCAGAGAGGCACUGGAGGAUACAGCUGCAGAGAGGCACUGGAGGAUACAGCUGCAGAGAGGCGCUGGAGGAUACAGCUGCAGAGAGGCACUGGAGGAUACAGCUGCAGAGAGGCACUGGAGGAUACAGCUGCAGAGAGGCACUGGAGGAUACAGCUGCAGAGAGGUGCUGGAGGAUACAGCUGCAGAGAGGCACUGGAGGAUACAGCUGCAGAGAGGCGCUGGAGGAUACAGCUGCAGAGAGGCACUGGAGGAUACAGCUGCAGAGAGGUGCUGGAGGAUACAGCUGCAGAGAGGCACUGGAGGAUACAGCUGCAGAGAGGUGCUGGAGGAUACAGCUGCAGAGAGGCACUGGAGGAUACAGCUGCAGAGAGGCGCUGGAGGAUACAGCUGCAGAGAGGCACUGGAGGAUACAGCUGCAGAGAGGUGCUGGAGGAUACAGCUGCAGAGAGGCACUGGAGGAUACAGCUGCAGAGAGGCACUGGAGGAUACAGCUGCAGAGAGGCACUGGAGGAUACAGCUGCAGAGAGGCACUGGAGGAUACAGCUGCAGAGAGGCACUGGAGGAUACAGCUGCAGAGAGGUGCUGGAGGAUACAGCUGCAGAGAGGCACUGGAGGAUACAGCUGCAGAGAGGCGCUGGAGGAUACAGCUGCAGAGAGGCACUGGAGGAUACAGCUGCAGAGAGGUGCUGGAGGAUACAGCUGCAGAGAGGCACUGGAGGAUACAGCUGCAGAGAGGCACUGGAGGAUACAGCUGCAGAGAGGCACUGGAGGAUACAGCUGCAGAGAGGCACUGGAGGAUACAGCUGCUGCACUGUUCUGCAGCUACGGCCUCUCUACACCAACACGGAACAGAACUACUGCUUUACUCUGAGAUCAUUUACAAACACACAUCUAUAGCAUCAGAGCACAGCCUACGGAGUCGUGCUGACAGCGUUAACCGCCACAGCGUUAACCGCCACAGCGUUAACCGUCACAGCGUUAACCGCCACAGCGUUAACCGCCACAGCGUUAACCGCCACAGCGUUAACCGCCACAGCGUUAACCGCCACAGCGUUAACCGUCACAGCGUUAACCGCCACAGCGUUAACCGUCACAGCGUUAACCGCCACAGCGUUAACCGCCACAGCGUUAACCGUCACAGCGUUAACCGUCACAGCGUUAACCGUCACAGCGUUAACCGCCACAGCGUUAACCGCCACAGCGUUAACCGCCACAGCGUUAACCGCCACAGCGUUAAAUAA